CCCACUCGCAAAAAGGUACAGGACGAUUUCUCAGUAGAUCAGAUUCCAACAAAGUCACAACUGUGGGAAGCGGCCAUGUGUUUCGUUCGAGAUGAAGAAGGUCAAUUGGUACCGUUUCAAAAUCUAUUCCCUCUUACCGAGACGACGUACCACCCCCCGAAGACUAUCGUAUUCUUCAUUCGACAUUUUUGGUGUGGACAAUGUCAAGAUUACACCUUGGCAUCAUUAGGUUUACUAGAUCCGGAUGCGUUAGCGAGGAAGAACAUCAGGGUGGUGGUGAUCUCCAAUGGGAGUUGGAAGAUCAUCAAGGCUUAUAGAAAAGUAUUCAAUUGUCCUUUUCCUAUCUACGUCGAUGGACCUAGACGGUUGUAUGGUUUGUUAGGGUGA